AUGAAUGAAAUGAUCAUAAUCGACUCCGACUCGGACAGCGGCGCACCACCGCCUAAAAAAUUCAAAGCCGUUCCUGUAACUAGUACGGCGCCCAAGACAAAACCUUUUGAAGGUGUAUCCUCGUCUUCGUCUUUAUCAUCAUCGACAGAUGCAUCACCAUCACCAUCACCAUCACCAUCGAUUGUGAGGUCAGGUCUGGAGGAGGGUUACAAGGACAACAAAGAGGCAUUGCCCAAAAUGUCCCAACAAAUGAGAUACCCAAGAAAUGGACACGAAGCAAAUCAAGAUGACAACCCUAGCUCGUCGUCAAACAACGUCAGUGAGAGUGACUCUGAUGAAGAAGAAUCCGAGGUUGAUGAAAAUAGCUCUCAGGUAUCCAACGAUUCGGAAAUUUUUUUUAGGCCAGUCCCACCAAAGGAGAUUGAAGAAACAAGGCGAUAUUUGAAAACCAAAGGGAGAUUGCAGUUUCUUCAAAAGUAUCUACCAACUUCAGCCUCGGGUCAGGAUAUAAUCAAGAUAGUGUUGAAGCUAGGGUUCAUACCGAAAAAUAUCACGUACGAAAGUAUAGAUUUACUGGAAAGUGUACAAAUUCUUAAUCGUGCAAUGGAAAAGGUGCGCUCCAAGAGAGAUAGAUUAGAUGAUGUGUCCACGUACCAAGAUGCCAUAGAUCUUAUACGCGAGAGUAAAAGAAUAAUAGUUAUCACUGGUGCCGGAAUCUCAACGAGUCUAGGCAUCCCUGAUUUUCGUUCUUCAAAGGGCUUCUAUUCCAUGGUUAAACAUUUGGGUCUAAGUGAUCCCCAGGAAGUUUUUGAUUUGGAUAUUUUCAUGACUGACCCGACAUUAUUUUACUCAAUAGCCCAUAUGAUUUUGCCUCCGGGCCACACUUUUAGUCCAUUGCAUUCAUUCAUACAGGUGCUUCAAUCGAAAAACAAACUACUUCGCAAUUACACCCAAAACAUUGACAACAUUGAAAGCUAUGCAGGUAUACGGCCCGAAAACUUGAUCCAAUGCCAUGGCUCAUUCGCGGGAGCCACUUGUGUCACUUGUGGGAUCAAUAUACCCGGUGAGGAGAUUUUCCCCGAUAUUCGAAAGCAAGAAUUGCCUCGAUGCAAAAAUUGCGAGCAACAACGCAAGAGGCUACUUAAGAGAGAUGAAGAUUGUUACAUCUCUGAGAGCUAUGGUGUCUACAAACCUGAUAUUACAUUUUUUGGCGAGGCAUUACCACGCAGAUUUCAUGACAACAUAGGGGAAGAUAUUUCCAAUUGUGACUUGUUAAUUAGCAUUGGUACUUCAUUAAAGGUGGCGCCAGUUGCCGAUAUAGUAGAUAAGGUGCCGCACUAUGUGCCGCAAAUUUUGAUUAAUAAAGAUCCGAUAGGCCAUUGCAACUUCGACGUGAGUUUAUUGGGUUAUUGCGAUGAAGUUAUCAGCUUCAUAGCCAAUCAAUUGGGGGAAGAUUGGAAGCUACCUCAUAAAGAUUAUGAUAAUAUACGGGGUAGGAAUGGGGGAAAUUUGGAAAUAGAAUUGAUCGACGCCAACUUACGAGAGUAUAAAGUGACUUCCAAGGCCAGUAAGGAAGGAGCUGCUCAUGAAGUACUGGUUAAGGAGAAUGUACACAGGACAAAUGCUGUCAAAUUACAACAAAGUGAAUUAAAUAGCACAAAUACAGAGGGACGUCAAUCGAUGCAUUCGAUUGCCAAUACGUUACCAGAUGGCGGCGAUUUGGUUGACGAGGGUAUGAAAGUAGGAGCUGUACACUGGAAAGACUCUUUACUAUACGUUGGUAGUAGUACUAACGGAUCGAGUCAACCACAGCAUAAUAAUACAGAUUCACAUGGUGGAGAACACGAUGGUGAAAUCCUCCAAGGUGAAGAAUGA